AGCCGAAGAGGAUGGUGCAGCCCAGGAAGCGGAGCAGGUUGCAGCGGCAGGACGAAUCGGACUCGGACCAUGCGGAGGAGAAGCGGAAAGAGGAGGCUGAGAAGGCGAAGAGGAGGCAGAGACACAACAAGCUGCUGGCGCUGUCCCGGAGGAUGAAGGCCCGGGUCCCGAGCCGGAGGAGGAGCCGCUUGAAGCAGGGCGCCGGUGAGGGCGAUGAGGAAGAGUCCAAAGAAGGGGAGGAUGAGGCUGGUGGUAAUGAAGAUGGGGAUAGAGGAGAAAACAGCAGCAAGAAAGAGGCUCCAGGAGGUGAUGAUGGAGGCAGCAGAGAGGAGGAGGACAAAGAGGAGCAGGAGGAGGAGGAGGAGGAGAAGAAAUAGAUCCACACAGUCAUGGUGAACAGAGGAGGACUUAGAAUGUGAAGAACUAAAAACUUUAGCCAUCUGAAAGUGACUCAUAAUUGUAAAUUUUUUCCCGUUCAGAACUCACAGUGGAAAACAAAAACACAAAAAAACUUCCAUUUCAAGGAUUUCAUGGUCAUAUCAUGUUUUUAAAGCAAACAACAUCCAGAAAGAUGUCCAGAGGAUUUGAACAGCCUCAGUGAAGUGAUAAAAUGUCGACUGUGAAGAAGUUGAGUCUGAAAUUUGACAGAGCUGCAGAUAGAUACUGACAAUGAAACGUGCCUGAUGGAUAUGUCACUCCUAUAUGAAUCAAGUCAGUUGUGUCACUCAUCGUGUCUGCUGCUGCUGAUCCACAGACAUUUGUCAAGUCGAAUGCAGUUUUACUCACAGUCACUAAUCCCAGUUGUUGAUCCCAAACAGACUUCAUGUCACUCAUGUUCCACUGACAGCUGCCACUUUCCACUGGCAGGUGUCAUGUAAACUUUCCCUCACAUGAUGUGGGAUGGAUGGUAGAGAUGGGGAACCAUCCCAUGUUUACCUGCAAACCUUCAUGUUGUCGGACACCUUAAGAUGGUUGUAUGAUUACAGUGUUGGUCAAGUGAGGGUUAAAAAUACUAUGCAGUGAUAGUAUAACACUAUAUCCAGUAUUAAGGCAGUAGAUCACCAGCAGCAUACCAACAGUAAACAACGCAUGCAGAGGAUGUCAGCGUUGCUGCAGCUUCAGCUGGAGCAGGAGGAAGGGAGAGCAGCUCAGUGACCCAUGUUGAAACUCUUGAGUGUAAAGAAAUUUUCCUUUACUGACAAAGAGCAAGUCACCAUUAAUAGACUUUGUCCCAGACAGCACUGCUGUAAGAAACCUCCAAUCAGAGCUUCAGGCUCCUGCUUUGUUCCUGACUGCAGUGACCAAGUUGGGGUGGACAAUGGCUGCUGAGGCUUGUGGGUACUGUAGUAUUUAGAGACAUACUCAACUGACAGCAUUCAGAUCGUUCUUUGUUGCACUUUCCUUCCUUUUCAUUUUCUUUUUCAUUUACUGUUUUAAUCGGACGCGGUACCUGCAAAGCAGGUGUAUUUCUUUGAAUUUUCUGUCUGGAGAGGAUUUAAAUUGAAUGAAGUCAAAGACUUGUACAAUGUCUUGUACAGUAGCUUUUUAUCUGUCAUAGUUUAAAGGCAGUGUUUGCAGAUAUCUUUUGAUAGUUUUGUCCAUCUCUGCUAUGAGUUUUUCAUUUGACCUUGCAGCCAGUCUCUGAUUACACCUUCACCAAUGUGAGGAUUUGCUUCUUUUCUGUUUUAUAUCAUAGUAAACUGAAUGUCUGACCGUUGGCUGGAUAAAACGAGACAUUUGGAGAUCACUUUGGACACACCUGUUGGUAUGUAUGAGGAAAAGUUGUGUCCCAACAAACAUCACAAAGGCCUCUCUUUGUAUCUACAUUACUGAACAGAAUAUUCUCCAGUGAAAUGUUAUUGCAGCUGACAGGACAGAUGGACUGGACUAUCAAAAUUAGAUUUCUGACUGUGAAAGAAAUAAGAAAAGUUCUUUUUUCUGUUACAUUCAUAAAUGUUGAAUCAGAGAGACUGAGUAUUUCUCCUAAAUGCAGAAAACUGCAAUUUACUUUUGCACACUAUAAAAUUUAUUAAAUUUAAUUUUUUCAAACAUUUUUGUAAUAUUUGUUAACAUACAAAUGUGACUGCAGUCGAAGUUUCUUGUGUAUAGAAUUGGGGGGGGGGGAUGGGGGACGACAAAAACUUCUUUUACCUCUAUUUAUUUCUUCCUUUCUAAAGCCUGUUACAGUGAUGCAUUCGUGUGCUAAUGUAUAAAUUGGACAAAUAAUGUCCCUAAUCAGAAGUUUGCUCUUUUUAAAUAUUACUUUCAUUUCAUGUUUCCUUCCCUGCUUUCCUUGCUUCCUUUAGUCUUCCCUUUCUUCCUUUGUUCCUCUCUCUGUGAAGGUGUGUUUAAGAGCACUCAUACCAAAUGGAUAAAAGACCACAAAUAAGCUGCCAGCUGCAGCACGGUCUUCAGUGUGCAGCCACUGAAACUGAACCUACGGAGUGCUCAAAAGCCUCAUGGCCAUUUCUGCUUUUCACUCAAGUACUGGACUCAGUAUGUUAUACAAUAUCAUGAUGAUACACACACAUGAUACACACACAUAGUUACAUAUCAGUGCUGUGUAUUUACUUGUUUUCCAGUGUAUUUGUGGUCUCUUGUUGCUGUAUAAAGCUCUUCAGACCAACUUGCCCUGUUGAAAACACCUGUUUUAUUAAUAAAGUUUCUUUUUUGACAGAUAA